UCACAGCUCCGGAGGCACAGAAACACACCCGUCAGCAGCGCGCAUUGGAGACAAAAAAAGGCGCAUCACGGACAAAGGAAAAUGGGUGCGUUGGAGAGGAUUCACCUCCACCGGGUCACAGCAUGGAUGAGCCGCUGCUGUUUCACCCGCCCGGACACCCAUUAGCCCACCUGAAUGAGGUGCUGGAAUGCGAGAUACUGCAAGCUAAAGAGGCGGAAGGCUGCGUUUAAUCCGUCUGCGGAUCCUGUGAACUUGCGAUGGCUGUGGCGGGGAUAUGCAACCGGACAGGGAGCAACGUGCCUUUUUGUUUUGUGAUAUUUUGCUUAUUUUGUGGCCUUUCGUAUGGACAGUUGCGGUACACUAUAAGUGAAGAACUGGAAAAUGGGGCACUGGUCGGCGAUGUGGCGCAGGACCUGGGGCUGGCUGUUCAGAACCUGGCCACACGGAAGAUCAAGAUCACCUCCACCAGCGGCAAACGCUACGUGAUUGUCAAUCCCAAAAAUGGGAAGCUGCUUGUCAAUGAGAGGAUCGACAGGGAGGCGAUGUGUGACCUGUCCAGCAGCUGCCUGAUUAAUCUGGAGGUGACGGUGGAGAACCCAAAGGAGGUGCACCAUGUGGAGGUGGAGAUUGAGGACGCCAAUGACAAUGCACCGCAGUUCCCCAAAGAAGAGUACCAGGUGGAGAUCACGGAGUCUGCGUUGCCAGGGUCACGUUACCCGAUAGACUACGCUGAGGACCACGAUAUUGGGACCAAUGCGGUUCGUAUUUAUCAGCUGAGCACAAAUGACCAUUUCGCGCUGGUUUCCAACAAACCCUCCGUCAACAGUAAGCACAUCGAGCUUGUGCUCAAAAAGCCCCUGGAUCGUGAGCAGACGCCUUACCAUCAGCUAAUUCUAAGUGCUCUGGAUGGUGGGACACCGGAGAGAACAGGCACCGCCACUAUCAAUGUACGCGUUCUGGACUCCAAUGACAACAUUCCCAAGUUUAAAGAGUCGGUGUACAAGGUGAAGCUGCUGGAGAAUUCGCCCAAAGACACCCUGGUGAUCAAACUGAACGCCACUGACCUUGAUGAGGGAACAAACGCCGAGGUGUAUUACUCUUUCAGCAGCUACACCCCCGAGAGGGUGAGGCAGAUGUUCAGCAUGGACACAAACACUGGAGAAAUCAGAGUGAGGAGCAACGUGGACUAUGAGGAGACCAACUCUUAUGAGAUGUACAUUCAAGCCAUGGACAAAGGCCCUGGGGCUGUGGCAGCACACUGUAAGGUUGUUGUGGAGGUGGUGGAUGUGAAUGACAACGUGCCUCAGAUAGUGCUGUCAUCCCUGUCGAGCCCAGUCAGGGAAGACGCCCGCGCCGACACAGUCGUGGCCCUCAUUAGUGUUACCGAUCGGGACUCCGGUGCGAACAAGCAGGUGAGCUUGGAGAUCCCAGCAGGCCUUCCAUUCAAGAUCAAGUCAUUCAGAAACUACUACACCUUGGUUACCUCAGCCUUCCUGGACCGUGAGACCACUGAUGCCUACAAUGUCACUCUCAGUGCCACCGAUGGAGGGAACCCACCUCUUUCCUCUCAGAAGACCAUCCAGGUAGAUGUGGCUGACGUUAAUGACAACCCGCCACGGUUUGAGCAAACUUCCUACACUGUCUACGUGACGGAGAACAACGCCCCGGGCGCAUCCUUGUGUACUGUGAAAGCUCAAGAUGCGGACAUUAAGGAGAACGCUCGCAUCACCUACACAGUGCUCAAUGACAACAACCAUGGCAUCCCUGUCACCUCCUAUGUGUCUGUGAAGGCUGAUACUGGAGAGGCUUAUGCCCUGCGCGCUUUUGAUUAUGAGUCACUUAGAGAGUUUCACUUCCAGGUCAAAGCCCAAGAUGGGGGCAUCCCCCCACUCAGCCGUGUGGCUACCGUCUACAUCUACAUUAUGGAUCAGAAUGACCACGCACCGCUGAUAGUCAACCCUCCGGGUAAUGGCACGCGCUCCCUGGAGACGGUUCAGAAAAAUGCCGAUCCUGGUGCCUUGGUGACCAAAGUUGUGGCAUAUGAUGCAGAUGCUGGUCCAAAUGCCUGGUUGGUGUAUAUGCUGGAGUCAUCCACCGACAUGGACUUGUUUAAGGUGCACGAGCACACGGGCGAGAUCAGAACCACACGCAGGAUCCUUGAGGACAACUCCACCUCCUUCGCGCUGACCAUCUUGGUGAAAGACCAUGGCAUGCCUGCCCUUUCCUCCACAGCCACGAUCAACGUGGCCGUCAUGGAGAUACCCCCCAAAGUCGUCCCUGACCCGAAGAGAAUCAUCCGACCUCACAGUACCCUUCUCUUCUCCAACGUGACUCUCUAUUUGAUCGUGGCUUUGAGCGCCACCACUUUUGUGUUCUUGGUCACCGUGGUAGUGCUGGCCAUCGUCCGCUGUCACGCCUACUGCACUCAACCAGGGUCCUGCUCCCCUUGCUGUGGGUCACAGAAGCCCCCUCCAGAUGGUGGUAGUAACAGUGUAAGUGCUGGUGGUAUGGGUCCGGGUGGCGCUGCUGGACAACCCAACAACAAUGUGGUUCUUAGAAGAGACCUUAAAGUGGAGCCUCACUAUAUUGAGGUUCGUGGGAAUGGCUCCCUCACAAAGACAUACUGCUACAAGACCUGCUUGACGGCCACCUCGGGCAGCGACACCUUUAUGUUCUAUAAUACAGGACGUCCUAUAAGCGGCACGUGGGGCAGCGGCGCCGACCGUUUCUUCACCAGUGGAAGUGGAUUUGUACGCAGACUCAGUAUGCCUGAUGCUUCGCUUCAAAUCUGCCCAGAGCCAAAAGCCCCGAAUGCUGACUGGCGAUAUUCUGCAUCGUUGAGGGCCGGCGUGCAGAGUUCAGUCCACAUGGAGGAGGCGUCUGUGAUGCAGGGAGCCCAGGGCAUGCUGGUCCAGAAUUGGCCCACUGUGUCCAGCGCUGCGGAUGGUGAUGGGGGAGGAGAGCUUUCCCCACCAGUCGGAGCUGGCGUCAACAGCAACAGCUGGCACUUCAGAUACGGUGCAGCACAAGGCUACGGCCCUCCUCAGCCUCUGAAGCCUGGAGAAAUCCCGCCUGAAGCGUUCAUCAUCCCUGGAUCCCCCGCCAUCAUCUCAAUCCGUCACGACCCCGGCCCCGUCGACGACAAGGGCGACUUCAUCAGCUUCGGCAAGAAGGAGGAGGCAAAGAAGAAAAAGAAGAAGAAGAAGGACAAGAAAGACAAGAAGGAUAAAGGGAAGGAUGAUAGCGGUGAUGAUUAGAGCCCGGUUCCAAUGCCAGACAAAGAAGCCAAAUGGUAAUAGUAAGACCUGAGGGAGCCUUCUUGAACCAUAGAGACAUUGUGGCCAUGGCCAAGCCCUCAUUCGACCAGACGUGGCUCUCCACAACACGCAAACUUGCUCAACAAAUCAUUCGGUUCUUGGCUUAUUUGGCUGAUAACGUUGGCCUGUAAAAGUUAACGGUGAACAAAUGCACUCCAUUUAAAGGCUGGACCAAAUUCAAGCAGAACGUAUUUUAUUGGUUAGGACCAGCGCCUCUGUGAUUUACUGCCCCACCAACACGGUUUAUACAAGACACACCCGAUUUGUAUCUGAUCCAUCGUCUGGGUCUUUAUGCAGCCCACCCCUGCCCUGUCCGUGUUACGGCUCUUCAGAGAAAGCCAAACUAAACCAACCGACACUUUUGUCUUCAAUAUUGAGGAGGCCUUGUAGAAAUUCAGCAAUGUGGUCUUUUUUUUUUAUAAAAAAAAAUGAAAAAAGGAAAUAAAUAAUGGAAAAUAGCACCUUUGGAUGAGGGAGGUGACUGAGACAUUUAAAGCUCUGUUUCAGUGUAUCAGCACAUUGCCAAGCCCUGUACUGGGUUGCACCAACUAUGCGCAAGUUUGUUCCCAGGUUAGGUUAUAACGUAGUGGCUUCAUACCUGCUAGUUUAUUUAACAAAACAAUAAAAUUUGAUUGUAUUAAGUGUAGAAUGAGAGGAUUUCUAUGGCUACUACUAGUUAUAAGAUUUUUAGAGGCGGGACCCUGACUCAGUAUUAGACUCGAUUGGUUUCAAGGUUUGUCAGUCAAGUGAACUUUUUUGGAUGUUUUUAAAUCCUUUCUAUGGAUUAUUGCUGGUCAUUUUUUAACGCAGCUACCUAUUUUGGUUACGGUACCUAUUCCACUGGACAUGUCUGGCUUGAAUAGCACCAAAAAAAAAAGCUGUUUAAGUAUGAGGCACAAAGUCACCCAAAAAUCCAACCUGAGAAAUAGAUACAUAACAUUAAGAAGGACUGAAACAUGUCAACGUAGCAAUGAAAACAAAACAGAAAAAGUUCUGAGCUUCUUUAUUUUACUUUUUUUAUCCAAAGCCCAACAAAACCGAUGAUUGGCACCCGUUCAUCUUAUGACAGUUAAAAGCAUCCAAAACAUUUUUUUUAAUUUGAACCUGGCAUGGAUUUUGCAACCAAUGUGCAUAAAAGGAAAAAAAACCUAUAUAUAUAUUUACUGUUAGUGAGUGCAAUUGUGUGACGUCGUAUCAUUUGCACCCGCUUUACUGCUUGCUUAACCAUUUAGUUGUUAUUUAAGAAUUUUUGUGGUGCUAUGGCUUGUAUUUAGGCAACGCGCAAGUCUGGGGUUUGUGGUUGCUGUGGAUGUAACUAGGGAACCGACAUGCAGCUGAUGCAACCUUGGAAUAUGGCGCAGGUCAAUGGAGGUCACGAUCCCGCUGUGCAUCAGCACAGCCAGUCUGACGCUUGCACACAUAAUCUCUACACACACACACAGGCAUAUACAGUAUAUAACACACACUGACAGGAUAUGCACUCUGAAGGCCAAUGCUGUUCUUAACAUGGAAGUGUAUUAUACGGCUGGAAAGCAGGAACGUUGCUUGUCGCUUCAUUUCUGUUGGAGCCUGAUCCUUCUACUUCUGUCUCUGAAUGUUAAGUAGUUGUUCUCCACCACCUCAACCGCUUCAGUGCUUUGUAGAAUUUGCUCAUCCUCCGUCAGUUUCGUCCCCCAUUUCUCAAAUUCAGCAUCUUUCUAGUCCCGAUGGGUCGAUGGAGUGUGCAGUGGUAACAAAGUGAUGCACAUCGAGACAUAUACAACACCCACACAGCUUUUGUUAGGUUCAACUUUGCCUUGCCUAAGAUGUUCCUGUGGUUGCUCAUGGUUGACAGCUCUGUCAUCUGUCCCGCAGGGGAGGUGGCAUGUGUCAUGAGAACGCUUCCGCAAAAGCUCAGAUUGGGUUUGUCGGGAUACAAUGAGGCAGUGGAGGAGAUUGAUAUACAGUGUUGCCGCAGAGAGUGAAGUGAUACCACCCGUUUUAUUUGUUACUCAGCGCAAGAUGAGGUUAUCGCUUUCCGAGGCAUUAGUGACAACCGAUUAACCUGGGCGGUCUCGGGCCACUCACAACAUGCAGUGCUGCUCAGCUGGAGUGGGAAGACAUCAGUGGCUGACUCUGAAGCUGGGAAACACUCUUUCAAUUCAUGGGAGAUGGAAUGCAUUAUUGAAAGAGUGGAGAAGGGUGCUCCUGUGCUGGAGACACGCAGAUGAGGAGUAGAAAAGUGGGAAUACUACACACUUGUAAAUAGUCUGACUCAUUUCUUCAGGGUUGUGAUGAGCCGAUGAAUUCAUGGGCGUGUGGUGUUUUUACAGUUGGCGUCACUGGGUGUGUUCAAAGGAGAGCGAAAGGACUGGACAGUACAGUGAAACAGUGAAGCAAUAAUAUCAGUCGUGAAGGGUGACCUCAGAUAUCACAACUGGAAAACCUUCUUUUACAGUCUAGUGUGUGCACUUCUUCACACAUCAGUGUCUGGUUGAUGACCAUAAAUAGAAGAGCAUGUGCUCAGGAAACAAUCAGCAAGUCGAAGCUACGGCCAUUUUGGGCUUCAAAAAAGCGAGACAAACAGAAUCGAGCACAACUAUUUUGAAUUAGCUGUCAAACGUUUGGAAGCAAAACUUAGCUAGAAACACCACCUAUGAGAAAGUAGCUUUGGGAAAACUUCGUAGAAGACUGAGUUCACUGUCUGCCAUCAUGAAGUCACCUUUAGAUUGUAGUUCCAGACAUCACCACUCAGCACCCAAUGGGCUUCAUCUCGCCCUGGACUUGCUCUUUUAACAGGUCUGCUGAGAAUGCUGAACAACAGGUUUGAAUCCUCAUGUCCUUGAGGACUUAAGACUCAACAACAAUGAUCCAGACAUCUUGAUGAAGAAGGCAAAACCUUCAUCCACCAGCAUAAUGACAUCUAGUUGGGGAAGGGUUGAACUGCUGCUGUUCGUAGCUAUGUUUAAGAUUCAAACUCAUGAAUCCCGGGAGCUUAUUAUUAUAGUCUUAACCAACUCACGUUAGCCUUUUAUGAUGACCAUAGGUUGCAGUAGCAAGAUUCAAAGUGACUGUCCAGGACACGUGUGUUCAGAAGAAACACUCCGCUUUGACCCAUUUGUAAGUGAAUGAAUCAUUUAGCUCCAUUGUUCUCAAUCCUGAUCUGGAGUAGAUGAGGGUAGUAAGGAAGACUGUCGAGUUCCUUGUAUAGAUCAUGAUACAGUCAUCGUAUACAGCUGCUACUAUCAUGUUUGACCCCUCCACGCACAUGUUUCCUCCCUGCCAUCCCCCUGGUGUCCGUCUGUGCUGUCAGAUCACCAAGUGGCUGUUUGCAUGUUAUAAGCAAAGGAAACAGAAACUAUACAGAUUAUAUAUAUAAAUAUAUACAUAUAUGUUUUUUUUUUUUUCGUUUUUUUUUCCACUGGCAAAUGCAUUUUGCUGUGCAUAUACCUGUGAUCCGCAGUGACAAAACACACCACAACCUGCAUUCAUCCACAUACCAUGUGGCAAACCCCUCAUCAAAACCGAUUUCUAUCCUGUUUAAAAUGAUAUACAUAAUGCUGUUGUGUUAUGGUAUUCAUUUUUACGACUGAAACAGAUCAACCAAUACACGUUUGUUAAGCCGCCUAGCAUUGAUCAGAACACUCUUGUGAAAUCAUUUACACACCCUCCAUAUCUAUUCCUUGCUUAGUAGACAAAAAGUGGAAAAUGUUAAAAAAAAAAACAAUAAAAAUGUGUAAAAGAAUAUAAAAAAAAAUAAGUAGAUGUAUUCUCUGCUUGUGUAUAGUGAAUGUUUGUCAGUCGCAGGGUGUGGUGGUGGGUGGGUGGGCGCGCCCUUCGACUGUGACAGUGCAGAUCUGUUGAGAACUUCUUUUGUACACCUGCUUAUCAUUGUUAAGGUGAUGAUAGUGACUCUUAUAAUUUCAUCAAUCUGGUAACGUGUUUUGUUAAUAAGUCACAAAUAAAGCUUUUUCUUAAAUAUCUGAAA